AAUGUCUGCAGUGGGAAUUCGUGGUGAAAGAGAUUAAGGUUAAGAUGUACGUACAAGUAAUGUAACUGCUGUUAUGGCAAUUGCAAAUGUUGUCAAAACAAGUCUUGGACCACAAGGACUAGAUAAAAUGCUUGUUGAUGAGAUUGGAGAUGUUGUGAUAACAAAUGAUGGAGCAACAAUUCUAAAAUAAUUAGAAGUUGAACAUCCAGCUGCUAAAGUCAUUGUAGAGUUGAGUUAAUUAUAAGAUAAAGAAGUUGGAGAUGGCACCACAUCAGUUGUUGUUUUAGCAGCUGAAUUACUUCGCCGCGCUAAUGAAUUAAUUAAAAUUAAAGUUCAUCCCACAACAAUUAUAUCUGGAUAUAAAUAAGCAGCUAGAUAAGCAGUAAAAUACAUUCAAUCACAUUUGGUACAUAAAAUUACUGAAGACGAUACAGAAAUAUUAAUUAAUGCUGCCAAAACAUCAAUGAAUAGUAAAGUAAUUGGUCCAGAAAGUCCCAUCUUUGCUAAAUUAGCAGUAGAUGCAGUUAGAUUGGUUAAGACCUAAGGUUUAGUGUCUGGUAAAGCUAAGUAUCCAAUUUAAUCAAUUAAUAUUGUAAAAAGUCAUGGUUAAUCAUCAAAUUAAUCUGAAUUAGUAAAGGGAUAUGUUAUUUAAUUAUAAAGAGCAUCAUAAUAAAUGGUAACAAAAGUUAAAAAUGCUAAAAUUGCCUGUUUGGAUAUUAAUUUGAAUAAAUUUAAAAUGUAAAUGGGAGUUUAAAUAUUGGUGGAUGAUCCAAAUAAUUUAGAGAAAAUUAGAAAGAAGGAAAUGGAUGUAUUGAAGGAAAGAAUUCAAUUAUUAUUAUAAGCAGGAGCAAAUGUUAUUUUAACUUCAAAAGGAAUGGAUGAUUUAGCUAAUAAAUAUUUAGUAGAAGCAGGUGCAAUUGGUUUAAGAAGAGUUCCUAAGGAUCAUUUGAGAAGAAUUGCAAAAGCUUCUGGUGCUAAAGUAGUUACCACAUUUGCUAAUGAGGAAACUGGAGAGUCAUUUGAUUCAACUUGUUUAGGAGAAGCUGAAGUAAUUUAAAAAUAUAAUAUAAAUUUUAGGAAGUUUAUGAAGAAGCAAUUGGAGAUAAUGAUUAUAUAUUUUUCAAAGGAAUGAAAAAGGAAUAAUCAGCAAGUAUUAUUGUAAGAGGUGCUAAUGAAAUGAUGACUGAUGAAAUUGAGAGAUCAUUACAUGAUUCUUUAUGUGUUGUAAAGAGAACCUUAGAAUCAGGAUCUGUUGUUGCUGGAGGUGGAGCAGUAGAAAUGGCUUUAAGCAUUUAUUUAGAUGAUUAUUCAAGAAAAUUGGAUUCUAAUGAAUAGAUUGCAAUAGCUGAAUUUUCAGAAGCCUUGACUUCAAUUCCAAAAAUCUUAGCUACAAAUGCAGCAAAAGAUUCUAUUGAUUUAAUCAGUAAAUUGAGAGUUUUACACAGUAAAUCACAAUAAUUAGAGGUUGAUGAGAAGGGAUAUAAGUUUAGUGGUUUAGAUUUGAUCAAAGGUGAAGUUAGACAUAAUCUUAGACAUGGUGUACUUGAACCAACAGUUAGUAAAAUAAAAUCUAUUAAGUAUUAUUUAUGAGAAUUAUUCAAUUAGAUUUGCAACAGAGGCUGCUAUUACAAUUUUGAGAAUUGAUGAUAUGAUUAAGUUAGAACCUAAAAAGGAAUAAAUGCCAGGAAGACAUUGAGUUGU